ACGCAGUGCGCAGGUGCGAGAACGUGCUUUGCCUCUCCGGGUAAAGAUGGCGGAGCGCGGUUACAGCUUUUCGUUGACUACUUUCAGCCCAUCUGGUAAACUUGUUCAGAUUGAAUAUGCUUUGGCUGCUGUAGCUGGAGGAGCCCCUUCAGUGGGAAUUAAAGCUUCAAAUGGUGUAGUAUUAGCAACAGAGAAGAAACAGAAAUCCAUUCUGUAUGAUGAGCGAAGUGUACACAAAGUGGAGCCAAUUACCAAACAUAUAGGCUUGGUAUAUAGUGGCAUGGGCCCAGAUUACAGAGUGCUUGUGCACAGAGCUCGAAAACUAGCUCAGCAAUAUUAUCUUGUUUACCAAGAACCCAUUCCCACAGCUCAGCUGGUACAGAGAGUAGCUUCUGUGAUGCAAGAAUAUACCCAAUCAGGUGGUGUUCGUCCAUUUGGAGUUUCUUUACUAAUUUGUGGUUGGAAUGAGGGGCGACCAUACUUAUUUCAGUCAGAUCCAUCAGGAGCUUACUUUGCCUGGAAAGCCACAGCGAUGGGAAAGAACUAUGUGAAUGGAAAAACUUUUCUUGAGAAAAGAUAUAAUGAAGAUCUAGAACUUGAAGAUGCCAUUCAUACAGCCAUAUUAACCCUAAAGGAAAGCUUUGAAGGGCAGAUGACAGAAGAUAACAUAGAAGUUGGAAUCUGCAAUGAAGCUGGAUUUAGGAGGCUUACUCCAACUGAAGUUAAGGAUUACUUGGCUGCCAUAGCAUAAUGAAGUGACUGAAAAUCUGGAAUUGCAGAUAAUCUCUAUACUUAAACAUGUUUAAAGUAUGUUUUGUUUUGCAAACUUUUUGCAUACUUAUUUCUACAUGAUAUAAUGGAUCAGUGUUUUUAAAAUGAUACUUAUAACUCAUAAUAAACUGUUAAAUCCAACUUUCAGAUUUUUAGGAGUUAGUAAAAUUUUAAAAUAGUUAUUUUCUGCUUUUUAUCUCGGUUGAUUUCUGGAAACUAUGUUGCAAAACAGAAUGGUGAAGUCAUUCUUUAUUCUUCAUGCAAUUUUGGUUAAGUCAAAUCUUAUCCUCUUUCUUUACUACCAGAUAUUGUCUAUGCUUCAGUAAAGCAAAAUGCCGAUUUUGGUAAACACUGUUUUUAGAGCUGAGAAAAUCUACAGACGUUCAUGUAUUCCUGAGACAAGGUAGGAAGUGUAGAUGCUGCUUAGGCACCACUAGGUGUGGGUCAGUGGAACCCUAGGUGGUUCUGUGAAAUAGCACUGGAGCUUAGAAGAGUGCUAAGCCAAAUAGUCUCCUAUGGGAUAUAAAUUAUGUAAGUGAAAAAUUAUGUGCUGGUUCUUGUUGGUUUCUCCAUCACAAGUAGAUAAGUGUAUUGUAAAAGACCUCCUUAGAGUCUAGAACAGACUUUUUAAAUUUAAGGAUGAACAUGAGUGCUGGAAAUAAAAUACUAAUACUUAAGCGUCAAAAUUAUGGUUUAAGACUCCCUCAUUCAUGUAAUCUCAGAGUAUUCAGAAUCUUGACUGCAAAUUAGGGUCCAUACAAUCAAGCAGGUGAUUCAGAGUAUCUGAACUCUGUUUUCAUUAUAUGUGAAGGCGUAGUAUAGUUUUCUUUUGUCGUUUUUUUUUUUAAUGUUUUUACUGAUUUUAGAGAGAGGGAGAGGGAGAAAGAUAUAAACAGUGAUGAGAGAGAAUCAUUGAUCCCCUGACUCCUGUACAGCCCCUAUGGGGACUGAGCCCACAACAGGGUCAUGGAACUGAAUUGUGCCUGAUUCAUGGGUUGAUACUGAACCACUGAGCCACACCAACUGGGCUGCUUGGUCUUUUUAAAAAAUAUUUUUUAUUGACUUUUUUUUUUUUUUUUUUAAGAGAGGAAAAGAGAGGGACAGAGAGAAACAUUGAUGAGAGAGUAACAUCAAUCGGCUGCCUUCUGCACACGCCCCACUGGGGAUUGAGCCUGCAGCCCAGGUAUGUGCCCUGACUGGGAAUGGAACCGGUGACCUUUUGAUUCAUUGGUGGGCACUCAACCACUGAGCCACACCAGCUGGACUUCUUUGUCUUUUUAAAGAGAUCUUAGGAUAAGAGAAAUCACAUCAUUAGUCUGGCUUAUAGAACAUAGGGAGGGUUUAUGAGUGUCAUUAUUUUUACCAACAGAUACUAGCAUUUCCAUGAUUAAAUGUAGCUAAAAAGGUUUUGAUUAAAAUUUAGCCAACUUUAGGGAAAGAGUCUUCGAGAAUUGUCAGGAUUCCCAAUUACAACACCUCUAUCUCAUUCUAAGUGGCAGAAGCAUUAUUAUGGUACAUGCCAACUUCUUAUUUCAAGACUAGAGGCUCGAUGCACAAAAUUCAUGCAAGAGAAGGCCUUCCUUCCCCAGGCUGCUGGCACCAGCUUCCCUUUGGUACCCGGGGCCUGGGCUUCCCUUGCAGCCCCGCCUUUGUCCGGAAGGACAUCAAGUCUAAUUAGCAUAUUACACUUUUAUUAUUAUAGAUGUUUGUCUUGAAGGCUUCAUCUAAUCUUUCCUUAUGGGUUCUUGAUAUAUUGUGAAUCCAACACACUAGAAAGAGAAGGUAGUGAUAAAAAGGAAUGGUUUUUAGUCAGGUCUCCCCUCUCCCACUUACUGCCUAAGUGACAGCACAAGUUAAUUAUCUCAGAGGGUUUUCUGAAAGUAUAUUUUAAUAAUGCAAGUGAAAGGCCUGGCAAGGAUAAUGAUUUGGCUAAGUACUGCCUUUGAAUUUGCUCUCUGAUAUCAAAUUAAAAAAAACAGAGGGAUGCUGAAAUUCUACAAAUCAAAGAAGGGAAAGUAAAGGCAUUUAUAUUUAGGACAAAAAGAAACCACAUGCAGUUUCUUAUUGGAUGUUUACAGAAUAAAGAGGAAAAAUUAGCUGAAAUGGAUUGGUGUCAAGAGUCUAAUCUCUGCCUACAGCCACAUUAAAUAUGAAGCCCAGUUCAAUUGAAGCUGCCUGGAACACUUCGCCCUUGUUCUGUUUGUUCUUUUCAUUUGCCUUAAAAUAAAUCCUUUAUGUCUAGAUUCUUUGGUUUAGCAAUCCAUUCCAUGCAACUCUAAAUGUCCCAAAUUCUAGUCAUUUCCAGCCUGUAGAUUCUAGCUGUUGUUGACUAUUACAGAUAUCCCCCAUUUUAACCCCCUUUACCCCUUCCACCCAGUCCUGGCCUUCACUACAAUAUUGUCUAUGUCCAUGGGCUAUGCAUCUAUGCAUAUGUUCUUUGGUUAAUCUCUUCUUGUCCCCAGCAUCCACCUCCCCUGUGAUCUGUCAGUCUGUUCCACAUAUCCAUGUCUUUGGACCUAUUUGUUCAUCAGUUUAUUAUGUUCAUUAGAUUACACAUGUAUAAGAUCAUGUGAUACUUGUCUUUCUCUGGCUGGCUUAUUUCACUUAGCAUAAUCUCUAGGUCCAUCCAUGUGGUCUCAAAGGUAAUAUCCUUUUUUUUUUUUUACAGCAGCAUAGUAUUCCAUGACGUGAAUGUACCAUGGUUUUUUGUAAAUGUACCACAGGUUUUUUAUCCACUAAUGAACUGAUGGGCACUUGGGCUAUUUUCAGAUCUUGGCUGUUGUAAAUAGCACUGUUAUGAACAUAGGGGUGCAUAUAUUCUUUCUGAUUGGUGUUUUGGGAUACUUAGGAUAUAUUCCCAGAAGUGGGAUCUCUGGGUUAAAUGGCAGUUCCAUUUUAAUUUUAAGAGGAAACUUCAUACUGUUUUCCACAGUGGCUGCACCAGUCUGCAUUCCCACCAGCAGUGUUCUAGGGUUCCCUUUUCUCUACAUUCUCCCCAGCAUUUGGUUGUUGAUUUAUUGAUGGAAACCAUUCUGGUAGGUGUGAGGUGAUACCUCAGUGUAGUUUUAAUUUGCGUCUCUGAUGAUUAAUGAUGUUUUAAUGCGUCUAUUGUCCAUCUGUGUGCCCUUUUUGGAGAAGUGUCAAACCCAGAGACCUAAAGUAACCUAAGAAUGGUUUGAAAUUAUAAACUUUAACCAAAAGCAGUUUAUGGCAGGUAAUCAUGUACUAAGCUAGAAUCUUCCCUGACAAAAGUCAAUUUUUACCUUAACUAAGCCUAUCUAUUGUCUUUUGCAUCUAUGAUAACAUUCCUUUGGAUUGUCAGGGUAACUCCCCUUUCUCCAGACCCCUCAGGGCACAGCCAAUGCCCCUGCACUGGGGCAGAGACCGUUAUCAUCAUGUUAAUUGUUGGCUGUCAACUAUCCCAUACCCAUCUCUGUAAGAUACAUGUGUCUAUCAUUUUACUUUUCAUCCAGUCCCAGAGGUUCCCCUCCCCAUUUGCUUUCUCCUGCCUCCCUAAUCAAUCACCAAUGAAUUUCAUGUAACCCACUUGUGUCUUCUGUUUUCAUUGUAAUGCAUAAAAUAAGGUGCAAAACUGCCAUUCUCUGGAGCAUUAUCUCAAUGCAUUGAGAUCUUCUUUCCCAGCAAUUGUGGACAGUUUGGCUCAAAUAAACGCACAAAAAUUCUU